CACCACCACCACCACCACCACCACCACCACCACCACCUCCACCUGCACCUGCACCUUCAAUGUACUAUCCUCCUAAUCAAUACUCUCAGUACAAUCAGCAGCAGCCACCACUGCCUCCUUCUUCGCCACCGCCCAGUGCAUCUAUGCCACCACCACCUCCCCCUAGUUCACCACCACCUCCUGCUUCAGCUUCUUUGCAAAGUCAAAGGAACGAGGAAAGGCAAUCGCAUGAUCGCAGUAAAGGGAAGCUGAAGGAGGCUUCAACUUCCGCCAGAGGCAUUCCUCAUAAACAGCAGAAGCCAAUGCCAAUGAAGAAAUCGAAUGGGCCUCCUGGGAGAGCUGAGACGGAGGAGGAAAGGAGGUUGAGAAAAAAGAGAGAAUUUGAGAAGCACAGGCAGCAGCUGAAGGAUUCACAGAACAGUGUUCUGCCAAAGACUCAGGUAUCUGGGAAGGGGCAUGGUUCGGUUAUAGGGUCACGGAUGGGAGAAAAGAGGACUACUCCUUUAUUGAGUGGUGAAAGGAUUGAAAAUAGGUUGAAGAAGCCAACUACAUUUCUAUGCAAGAUGAGGUUCCGAAAUGAACUUCCAGAUCCAAGUGCACAACCCAAGCUAAUGGCAUUCAAGAAAGACAAAGAUGAAUAUGCAAAAUAUACGAUCACAUCCCUGGAGAAAAUGUACAAACCCAAGCUUUUUGUGGAGCCUGAUCUUGGGAUACCUUUAGACCUGCUUGAUCUCAGUGUUUACAAUCCUUCCAGUGUUAGACCACCCCUUGAACCAGAAGAUGAAGAACUGUUGCGAGACGAUGAAGUUGUUACUCCAAUGAAAAAAGGUGGCAUAAAAAGAAAAGAAAGACCUACUGACAAAGGUGUUGCAUGGCUUGUCAAAACACAGUAUAUAUCUCCUCUAAGCAUGGAAUCGACAAAACAGUCUUUUACUGAAAAGCAAGCAAAGGAACUGAGAGAGAUGAAGGGUCGCAAUAUUUUGGAAAAUAUUAACAACAGGGAAAGACAAAUAAAAGAAAUAGAAGCAUCAUUUGAAGCGGCUAAAUCACAUCCCGUUCAUGCAACUAACAAAGAUGUGUAUCCUGUUGAGAUUCUGCCGUUGCUGCCUGAUUUUGAUAGGUACGAUGAUCAGUUUGUUGUUGCGGCAUUUGAUAAUGCUCCUACAGCUGAUUCUGAAAGCUACAAUAAGUUGGACAAAUCUACACGUGACGCCCAUGAGUCGCAGGCAAUUAUGAAAAGCUAUGUUGCAUCGGGUUUGGAUCCUGCAAAUCCUGAGAAAUUCUUAGCUUAUAUGGUCCCAGCACCUGGAGAGAUGUCAAAGGAUAUAUAUGACGAAAACGAAGACGUCUCAUAUUCUUGGGUCCGCGAAUAUCACUGGGAUGUACGGGGCGAUGAUGCACAUGACCCUACGACGUACUUGGUUUCAUUUGACGAGUCAGAGGCACGCUAUUUGCCUCUUCCUACAAAGCUUGUUUUAAGAAAAAAGAGAGCCAGAGAGGGAAGAUCUGGUGAUGAGGUUGAACAAUUUCCAAUACCUUCAAGAGUGACUGUAAGACGACGGCCGAACGCAGCUGCAAUUGAACUGAUGGAUUCUGAGGCUUAUGCAAAUACGAAGGGAGGGGACGUAGAAAUGGAUGAUGACGACGACAUGGAAGAGCAACAUAGGGUUGCUAAUGUUAUGCAGCAGCAGGAUAAUUAUCAGUCUAGUGGAGCAGAAGAUGACAUCUAUGAUUGAUUGAUUCUUUGAUGCAAAUUUUGCUGCUGCACCUUCAUGAUAAUUUCUCCACCAAUUUGUUUUUGUACUGAUGGUGGCUGGUAGCUGAAUUUGAAGUGACUUAAGAUUCUCCAUUGAAGGAUGAAAAAUGAGAUGAGAAUCGCCAUGUUAUAUGCCCAUUUCAACUCAUACCUUGUACUUCCCAAUUGUAGGCAGUUUUAAAGUUAUAGGUUUUUCUGUUAAAAUAGAAAAUAAUGAAAAAUAAGAAAAUGUAAAAAUGUGUAAGGUAACAUGUUUUUAUUUAUUCGGUAUAUUUGUUGGCCAAAUUUUUAAGAUCUUAAGUUUCUUUGGAACAUGCUAGUGUUUCUUAGAAAGAACAAAUGAUAAACAGCAUAUUUAUCGAACAAACUCGAUGAAAACUAGCAUAUUACAUU